UUGAGUAGGUUAAUAUGUUGGUAAACAAUUUUUUUGAACCAUUUGAUUGUACUUAUGCGUUUAAUUAGUUAUGUUUGUAAACAAUUCUCGCCGGAAGUGAUGAAAUAUCUGUGCGUUGCCGAGAAGAACGAUGCUGCUAAAAACAUUGCCAAAUUUCUCUCAAAGGGAACCUCAAACAGGCGUGAGGGACUCUCCAAGUUUAAUAAAAUAUAUGAGUUUGAUUGCCAAGUUAGAGGACAGCAAUCUCGGAUGGUCAUGACCUCAGUGUCUGGCCAUUUACUCAACUAUGAAUUCUCAAGUCAGUAUCGAAGCUGGAACUCCUGCAAUCCAGUUCUAUUAUUGGAUGCUCCAGUUAACAAAUUCUGUCCAGAAAAUAACAUCAAAAUUAAGAAAACUCUUGAGCGGGAAAUCAGAGGCUGCAAUGGACUUAUCAUCUGGACCGAUUGUGAUAGAGAAGGCGAGAACAUUGGUAUGGAAGUGGUAAAUGUGUGUACGGAAGUUAAACGGAAUAUCGUCGUGUACCGAGCGAAGUUCUCGGAGAUCACGGGUCCAUCCGUGUUCCGAGCACUCAAUAACCUAGAGGAACCCAAUAAGAAUGUCAGCGAUGCAGUUAACGUGCGGCAAGAAAUCGAUCUGAGAACAGGAGCUGCAUUCACGAGGUUCCAAACGCUUCGAUACAAGAACGUUUUUCCUAACAUCCUGAGCGAUAAACUGGUAAGCUACGGGUCCUGCCAAUUCCCGACGCUCGGUUUCAUCGUCGACCGGUACUUGCUCGUUCAAAAUUUCAUCCCAGAAAACUUUUGGAAGAUCAAAAUGAAUCACAAGGUCGGUGAUUUGUCGACCGAUUUCAAUUGGGUACGAGAACGGCUGUUUUCGAAGGAGGCCGUCAUGAUGUUCCUCGAUAUAUGUAAAGAUAAUCCGGUGGCAAAUGUGGAGAACGUUGAGAACAAACCGAAAAACAAGUGGAGACCCUUGCCCCUAGAUACGAUCGAAAUGGAAAAAAAUAUAUCGAGGAAGCUGAAGAUCACGGCCAAGGAAACGAUGAAAGUUGCAGAGAAGUUAUACACGCAAGGAUUCAUCAGUUAUCCGAGGACGGAAACCAAUAUUUUCCCGAAAGAAUUGAAUCUGCGCGAAUUGGUUGAACAGCAGACUAACGAUAACAACUGGGGCCCCUUUGCUAAUCGGAUAUUAGAAGAGUACGGAGGACCUAAUCCUAGACAAGGCAAGAAAUCUGAUCAGGCCCAUCCUCCGAUUCAUCCGACCAAAUAUGCAGAAAAUUUGCAGGGCAAGGAGAAGCAGGUGUACGAGUUCAUUGUGCGGCAUUUUUUAGCCUGCGUGAGCCAGGAUGCAGUCGGCCACGAGACGGUCGUUCACACCGACGUCUCCAGUGAGAAAUUCACGGCUCGUGGUCUGAUCAUCAUCAAGAGGAAUUACCUUGAUGUUUACAUAUACGAGAAAUGGAACGCUAAGGAGAUUAACGAUUACAAGAUCGGUGAUACCUUUACACCGACGGUUCUCGAAAUGGUUGAAGGGCAGACCUCCGCUCCCAAUUACAUGACUGAAUCUGAGCUGAUAGCCAUCAUGGAGAAGAACGGCAUUGGUACAGAUGCAACCCAUGCAGAGCAUAUAGAAACCAUCAAGAGUCGCGAUUAUGUGACGUUGCGCGAUAACAAUUACUUCAUACCCACGAACCUGGGACUAGGCCUAGUCGAAGGAUACAACCAACUCGAAAUGGAGAUAUCGUUGUCCAAGCCUGUGCUUCGAGCGAACUUCGAGAAGGAUCUGCAGCUUAUAUGCAAUGGAGUUAAAAGGCCCGACGAGGUGCUCAACGAUCAGAUCACAAAAUACAAAGAAGUAUAUCAGCAGGUGAUGCUAAAGGUUGGUCUCAUAGAUCGCACACUCGCGCAACACCUGAACGACACGCCUCACGAAUAUCAAGAGCCGCAAUUCCAGACCAACACCUAUAGAUCACUGAUGAAGUGUCCUAGAUGUGGCUCUGAUAUCAACCUUAGGGACAUGAAGAAUGGCAGGGGCAAAUUCAUCGGAUGCAGUGGAUAUCCAGGCUGCAAAUACGUCAUUUGGCUUACUUUCGGUUAUUCCGAAAUAGAAGUUCUGGACGAGUCCUGCAAUAUAUGUGGGCCUGAUGUGAAAAAGUUGAAAAUAAAAUUCGACCAGAAUCCGUUCCUUGGGGAGCCGAAUCCGAAUGUGCUGUGCAUAGGCGGUUGCGAUCCCGCAGUUUUAACUGCUUUGAACAUUUCCUUGACCGACAAUUCUGGUGCCAACAAUCACAGUAGAACAGAAGCACCUUCAUCAAGACCAGCACAGAACAAUACAAGUUUUAACAAUGCACGGCCAAAUCAAAGUGUUGGAAUACCUAACGUCAGACCGAAUCAAAGCAUAAUUCCGAAUCCACCCAGACCAACAAGGGUGGUGCCACCAAGAAACCUACCCUCCUCAGAUGAUACAAUUGUGUGUAACUGCAAUGAACCUGCUGUGCUCUUAACGUGCCAAAACAAUGGACCUAAUAAUGGUAGGCAGUUCUACAAGUGCUACUGCAAUGAUCCUAGUAGGAAAUGCAAUUUCUUCUUGUGGGCUCCUGAGGAAGGUCAUGGUCCUGAGCCGAGAGCCUCCGCUGCUUCCGCAGAAGAGGAAGAAAUCAAAUGCAAAUGCGCCAUGAUGGCAGUAACAAAAACCGUUCAGAAGGAAGGUCCGAACAAAGGCAAGCAGUUUUACACCUGUCCAAAACCGAUGGGAAGCUCGUGUAACUUUUUCAAAUGGGUUGAUGAGGAUAAUGCUGCAGGUGGCAGCACUAGUUAUCGAGGCCGUGCCAGAGGUCGGGGUCGCGGUCGCGGAGGCGGAGCUAAUCAUGGUAACAGAACUUUAUCCAAUCAACCCAGAGCGCCGAGGAAAUGCGGAAUUUGUGGACAAGAAGGUCACACGAGAACGAGAUGUCCGAACAAAUGAUACUUAUGUUUUAUAAGAAUAACCUAUUGUUUCUUUUUUAAUGCAAAUAAUUACUUAUUUAGUUUACUGUU